CCAUUGGUUUCGUCUCUGUUCCAGCCGUUUCGACGCUAUCUUAAAAAACGUAUUUGACUUUAGAAUCAAUUCCCAUUUGCCGAACUAGCUUGAUUAAAAGUUGGUUUAUGUCUUUUCCAUACAAUGUUACUAACAUUACAAAACGGCUACUACAAAGUACCGGUCGCAUUCGCUCACAUUACAAUGAGAGGAAAAUUUGGGGCUAUGUAGCUGUGGCAUUCAAUCAGGUCGACGUGGAUCGUUUGUCAAAAGUGGGCCCAAACCGCCUGUGUGCUGAGUGGGUGCUAAAAAACGGUGGAGGUGUACGCACCGUUGACAGUCCAUCAAAGCUUUGGAAGGAUUACAAUUCUUUGCCACCGGAGUCGAUUAGAUUUCAGGUGAAAGUUAUAGAUGCCUCAAAUGCAUCAAUUAUGAAAAUUGGUUUGGAACACUUAAAAGGCUGUAAUCAAAUUGAUACUGUAAUUUUCCACAAAUGCAAGCACCUCGAAAACGAUGGCCUGGAGGGUCUUACCCACCUAAUUCCAUCGCUGACUCGUCUACAGGUAUCCGGCUGUUACAAUAUAACCGACAAUGGUCUAAAAAUUAUCGGAGAACUGCGGAAUCUAAAGCAGCUGCUGAUCUUUGAUAUGUUGUACGUGAAGGACAUAGAUAUGGUAGCGCGUAAUUUGAUGACUCGCCUGCCUAACUGCGAAGUAAAGGCUACCAAGUUUGGCGUGUAGAUCAAUCAACCCUCAACUAGUCAUUGAAAAUUUCAUGAAAAUGUUAUAUGAAUCUGUAGUUGAUGAUAGUUUUAGCUUUCACAUAACAAUCCCGGACAAUUGUUUACCGUAUUGAAAAAAACACCCAAUUUGUUAAAAAAAAAAAAUAAAUAAAAACUGUUGCUUUUAAA